AUGAACGGUUCUUCCCCUUCCCCUCCUGAUAGCAUAAACAUCUGGCGCACUUGGGCCCUGACUGUGACUUAUGAAGCAGGGGAAUAUACUGAACAGAAAUUCAAGGCAGAGAAGACUGGAGGAGGCCCGGUCAUACCUUCCCCCAACCUAGACACUGAUCUGGUGAUGGCGUGCGAUCGCUUGGCUGAUGUACUCAUAAAGGCAUCUAAAAAUCCCAUUCAGAUGCAGAUGGAUAUUGCAAGAUAUAGCAAAUUGAUCUCCCCGAAGGACACCGGGCAUAAUGAACAUAAAGAGGCGAGGUUGCUUGAGAGAUGUCCUCCUGGCCAUGAAGGCAAAAGGUUGGUCGAUGAACCUGCAAUAAUUCUUGAUGCAUCCGGUGCCAUCAUUGCAUGGUAUCUCCCAGACGCCCUGACAGACACCACCCAGAAGGAAAUCAGGGAGGCCACCUAUUUGCUCUCUCCAAGCCUCGAAAAAAGUGUAAGGGCUGAUGGCAAUUGGCGAACUAAUCAAAGGUUGUUCAACCGGGGCUCGGAAGAUGUUGGACCAACUCCCGGAUGCAUCAAUCUAUCUCCGGCAUGGUUUCAACAGGGACACGAGAAUGUGUCCAAUCCGGAGGUAUCUGCAUCAUUGAAGGGACCUUCCUGCGAGAAUAUCCUCAAAGCCAUUGCAAGGCCAGCAGCCAUCGCAUCCGCGGCACUCAGAGUCAUGCAUCCUGAGCAGUACUAG